UUCACCUUCAGGAUUACAGGGCUUACUUUCCGAUUGGGACAAGAAGGCCAUGAGUUUGACUUUCGUGGUGUGGUAGCCCUAUUUAAGCUGGUCCCAGCGGUCUCCUCCCAACACACGUUCGACAUAUAACCUCGCGAGUAAACUGGGAGAAGAAAAAGAGAGUAUCUAUCCAUAUAUCAUCAAAACCGUCGUACUUAGCUUGGCUCAAAAAUGAAGGUUGAUGUACAAGUCAUUUCCAGAUGUACAAUCAAGCCGUCUUCCCCAACCCCUGAUCAUCUUCAACACUACCCGCUCUCUUUUCUUGAUCAAAUAAACCCUCCUGUUUUUAUGCCUCUUGUUCUCUUUUAUCCAUCUGAUCAGAACCAUCUCAUCACCAGUACUUCAGGUCCGGGCAAACUAAACCAGCUCAAGAAAUCUCUAUCGGAGGCCUUAACCAGAUUCUAUCCUCUAGCGGGACGGCUCAUUGACAACACCUACGUCGACUGCAAUGACGAGGGCAUUCCCUAUGUCGAAGCUCGGGCUAGCUGCAGACUUUCGGACUUUCUUGACAAUCCCAUCCCUGGAGAACUCAACAAAUUUCUCCCUUUUGAUUUGGAUGAUGUGAAAGAUAUUGGGAUGGUUAUCCAAGUUACUUUAUUCGAAUGCGGUGGAGUUGCUGUAGGAGUAGCCAUUUCUCACAAGAUUGCGGAUGCCACGUCACUUUUCUUGUUUGUAACCAGCUGGGCUACCAUUUCCCGCAGGGACAGCCAUGAUACACGGUCCCCAAUCUUUGAAUCUGCUGCCAUCUUUCCACCUAGAGAUGUUGCAGGCUAUAACCAUGCCCUGGGUAUGGUGAAAAAGGACGAAAUUGUGACCAAGAGGCUUGUAUUUACAGCCUCAAAGAUCGCUUCUCUUCGCGAGAAGUAUACAACUAACAGUAAUACCGCAACUGGUGAUGAAUAUCAUCAAAUACGUCCAACUAGGAUUGAGGCGCUAUCAGCUUUCAUUUGGACUCGUUUCCUGACAGCCACCGCCGGACACAAAGAUAACCGCGAUAAAAUGUACAUGUUAAAUCAUGCGGUGAACCUAAGACCAAGGAUGCAUCCGCCUUUGUCGGAAUGUUAUUUUGGUAAUCUCAGCAGGCCAGCUAUAACCAUACCUUCAUUUGACAACGAUGAACAAGGUUAUGGGAUUGUGAAUCAAGUGAGAGAUGCAAUACGUAAUGUGGGAGGAGAUCAAUACGUAACUAAACUUCGCGAAGGCGAUAAGCAUUUGAACUUCAUCAAGGAGAGAGCUAAGCUGGUGAACAAAGGCGAGGUGGUUUCGUUUAGCUUUACUAGCUUGUGUAGGUUUCCAUCAUAUGAAGCUGAUUUUGGAUGGGGGAAGCCAGUAUGGAUUGGUUCGGCCAGCCUCACCUUUAAAAACCUUGUUGUUUUCUUGGAUACACAAUCUGGAGAUGGCAUAGAGGCGUGGAUUAAUAUGAAGUUGGAAGACAUGGCUAAACUUGAAGCUGACAAGGAGUUGCUUAAGUAUGUUUCCACAAGCACUGAUGCUAAAACUUAAUUCGCUCUCUAUGCUUCUCGAUAUGGAUGUCAAAUUGGAGCUUGAGCUCGAGAUUUCGUUGAUAUUGGAAUGGAGCGCCAAUGCUUAAGGAAAAGUAUGUACCUAUAAUGAAGUUGUAGUACUACGCCGUCUUUUUCUUAUUGGGGAUUUUGCUUCCUUAUCCAAGUCUUGUAAUUUGUCAUUCUUAAAUAUCAAACUCAUGUCCUGGACUGUUUAAAUGCUAGCUGUUGGUGAAAUAUAAAACAUCUAUUAUUCGUGUUUUUUUCCCCCCAA